GGGCAGGAAGAUGGCUAAGCGCACCAAGAAGGUUGGGAUUGUGGGUAAAUAUGGUACCCGUUACGGCGCGUCCCUUAGGAAAAUGGUGAAGAAGAUUGAAAUUAGCCAGCAUGCCAAGUAUACCUGCUCCUUCUGCGGCAAGACCAAAAUGAAGAGGAAGGCCGUGGGUAUCUGGCACUGUGGAUCCUGCAUGAAGACAGUUGCUGGUGGUGCCUGGACUUACAAUACCACCUCUGCAGUGACAGUCAAAUCUGCGAUCAGAAGACUGAAGGAAUUGAAGGACCAGUAAAAGCUACGUCAUGUUCUCCUUGUGCAACAUCCAUUUUUCCGCUGUCAAUAUCUGUCCUUUUAACAAUAAAAAGGUGAUAAUGGAGU